GAUAGGCUACCAACUCUUUCCACAGAGGAACCUCUCGUGGUGACACCACGGUUCACCAGUGCCCGGUCUGUCUGCUUACUGAAAGAGUGCGUAACUUUUCUCUGUUGCCGUAAGCGGUUGCUGCGUUUGGAUUUGAGGGUAGCCUGCUACGGCCAUCGUUCACCAUCCCCUUUUCAGCUCAAUGAAAAAUAGAACUCGUGCCAUGCGCUAGCUAACACUCGCUAGACGGGGAAAAGUGCAUCCGUUUUAACUGCAGCAGAUAACUCCUCUGUGAGGCUCAGAAUGAAUGGCUACACUCCUCCUUCCUACCCCUCUGGGGGGUUUGGAUCAUACACCUCCCAGAUAAAUGGACACAACUCCCAGUCCCCCGACCUCCUUGACAACAAUCCGCCUGCUAGUUCCAGCGCCAAGGCUCUGUAUGAGCAAAGGAAGAACUAUGCGAAAAACAGUAUUAACAGCAUGACUGACACAUCCCAGUACCGCGUGGAGCACCUGACCACCUUCGUAAUGGACCGGAAGGAGGCGGUGAUCACCAUCGAGGAUGGGAUCAGGAAGCUCCGCCUGCUGGACGCUAAGGGCAAGGUGUGGACCCAGGACAUGCUUCUUCAGGUGGACGACCGUGCGGUCAGCCUCAUCGAUGCAGAGACCAAGAAUGAGCUGGAGAACUUCCCCCUCAGCACCAUCCAGCACUGUCAGGCAGUGAUGAGCGCCUGCAGCUAUGACUCCAUCCUGGCGCUGGUGUGUAAGGAGGCGGGCCAGGGCAAGCCCGACCUGCACCUCUUCCAGUGUGACGACAUCAAGGCGAACCUGAUCCACGCGGAUAUCGAAAGUGCCAUCAGCGAUCACAAGGGGGGGAAAAUGAAGAAACGUCCAGACACCCUGAGGAUGAUCUUGAAGAGUGACGGGGUCAUCCCCCCGCCCCCGGCGGACCCCGCCCCCGCCCCCCCGGCCACGGUCACGCAGGUGGACGUCAAGAGUCGAGUGGCGGCCUGGUCAGCCUGGGCCAGCGAGCAGCCCGACCAUGACGGCCACGGCCAGUACGGGGCGCACGACGAGCCCCCGGAGAUGAUGGCUGCCAGGGUGGACCGUGACGUGCAAAUCCUGAACCACAUCCUUGAUGAUAUUGAGUAUUUUGUCACCAAGCUUCAGAAGGCUGCUGAGGCCUUUAAUGAGCUUUCAAAGAGGAAGAAAUCGAAAAAGAGUAAAAAGAAGGGUCCAGGAGAGGGCGUGCUGACGCUGCGAGCAAAGCCACCAGCUCAAGAGGAAUUCAUUGACUGCUUCCAAAAGUUUAAGCAUGCUUUCAACUUACUGGGGAAGUUAAGAGCACACAUUCAGAACCCAAGCGCUGUGGAUUUAGUCCACUUCCUGUUCACCCCACUCAACAUGGUCGUUCAGACUUCCGGUGGCGUGGAUCUGGCCAAGACCGUCCUCAGCCCCCUGCUGACCCGAGAGGCCAUCGACUUCCUGCACUCCGCGGGCACGGCCGAGGAGAGGCACCUGUGGGUGUCGCUCGGGGACGGCUGGACCAAGUGCAGGCUGGAGUGGCCCAAGGACCACCACUUUCCCCCGUACACGCCCCGUUUCCGGGACGGCUGGGAGCCGCCGGUGCUGGCCUUCGUGGGGCACCCGCGGGAGCAGGAGCUCACCCAGCUGGCCCAGUCGCUGGCCCACGCCGAGGUCCAGCGGCAGGAGGAGGUGGCGCGCAGGCUGUCCCUGGAGCCACCCAGCGUCCAGGACUUUCCCUCUGCUGACGGGUACGCUUUCAGUAACACGGCCUACAAACGCAAGCACCUCCUGGACCAGGACAUGGCUGUGGCAGCCUUUAAACAGGCGGUCAGCCGCCAUGUAGAUAGGAAUUACGAGGCCCACGGUCGCACCCAACCAAAGAACUUUGCCAAAUCCAAGUACGACUUUGUGGCAAGAAACAACACGGAGCUGUCAGUGGUGAAGGAUGAAGUUGUGGAGGUGCUGGACGACAGGAAGCAGUGGUGGAAAGUGAGGAACAGCAGCGGUGCCUCUGGCUAUGUGCCAAACAACAUCCUGGAGAUCUCGCGGGCGGUGGACAUCAACGGGCGGGGCGAGCCCGUCUACAGCCACACCAUCCAGAAGCAGAGGACGGACUACGUCCCCAAAUCCAUAGCGACCCCGAUGCCCGCUGCUCCGAUGCCACCGCCUGCCCCUGCCCCCACCCCCGUGCCCGCCCCCGUCCGGCUCCCCACCCCGCCCCUCCCCCCGGCGGCCGCGGCCCCCCCGGGGGAGCAACGGGCGUCGCCCUCCAGCGUCAGCCGGCAGAACAGCAGCGCCUCCAGCGAAACGGGCAGCGUCACCAUGAGGGAGCACCAGCGGCCAGCGCCCGUCAACCGCAGGAAGUCCAACAUGGAGGAGGUGCAGGACGAGCUGCAGCAGCGCCUCACUCUGGGCCGCAGCGCGCAGAAGAAGUUCCAGGUGCCGCCGCGCAGCUCCAGCAUGCCGGCCGUCAACAUCACCUACGACUCCACCCCCGACGAGGUCAAAGCCUGGCUGCAGGUCAAGGGCUUCAGCUCUGUCACCAUAAACAGCCUGGGCGUGCUCACAGGCGCCCAGCUCUUCUCCCUCAACAAGGACGAGCUGAAGACGGUGUGCCCGGACGACGGGGCGCGGGUGUACAGCCAGGUCACCGUGCAGAAGGCCGCCCUCGAGAGGGGCUCCGGCUCCGAGCUGCAGGAGAUCAUGCGGAGGCGGCAGGAGAAGCUGAACGCGGCGGCCAGUGACUCGGGGGUGGAGUCCUUCGACGAGGGCAGCAGCCACUGAGUGUCCAGCCCACCCGCUAACUGCCACCCCCUUCCUGUUGCAUUGUGUUUCCAGGGCGCCUUCGAGCAGGCCAGCUUCGACGAACUCACACGCCGCCGCCAGGAGCUCGCGGAGUAGCGACACCAUCACGUAUCAGGACGGUCGCAUGCUGACAUCCAGCAAAGCCUGAUGGGAAAUACAGCCCUGCGUUCUGCUUUUUGUAUAGUUCUGGAAUACACUGAAAAUUACUAUUGGGACAAACCUGAACAUACAUUUGUGCAGGCCAAAAAGCAUGGAAAAGACAAACACAGCAUGUACUAGAUACAUAGGUUUCUUACGUAGCAAAUGCCCAUUUCUGACAUAUAAAUGCUCGUAAUUUAUGAGAGUAAAUAGGUUUAAAUUUGUGAGAGCACUCAGACUGACAGUUAUCCUACACUAGAAAUUAAAGUAUUGUUGUUAACUGAUUAUGAAAGAUUAUCAUUUUGUUUGAUUUUGUUUGCUGGCAAAGACAACACAAUAUUUAUAUAUGUUACACUUUUUAUUGAAUUGUAAUGCCAAAAAAAUAGAAAUAACACUUAACUGUUCGAGGCAUUGUAUUAUUUUUUAAUAAUAAUUUUUUCAAUAAGACACAGAGGUAAAGUGUAGUUAGCGUUGCUGGUAAGCGUUCCCUGCACAAAAUUCAUUUUCAAUGUCAAUCUACUUCCCUUUGGCUGUUCAGAAGCUGAUAUCGGGAAGUAUUUUGCUGUUCUAUUUGCAGCGUAUUGCAAAACAUACACCGAUGAAUGAAAGUUGAUUGUUAAUACACGUUUGCACAAUGUCAAGCUUAUGGACUAAGGAAUUUAAAAAGUUAAAAAUGUAUAUUCUUUAACUAAUUCUAUUUCUGGCCCACAUUUUGCCGAGACUGAAGUGAUAGAAUAUGACCUGUAUACAAACACGGUGUGGUAAAUUCUGUCCCGUUUUCUCUCCAGCCAAAAAUUAGUCUUCCUCAAUUUCAAGGCCUAUAGAACCACCAGUACUGGGAUGACCCUGCUGACUUGACUUCACUUUAUAAGGACGUGAAUAUAUAUUCUUAGCUGGCUUCUUAGCUUUUUUCCACCAGUUCUGAAAGUGUUUUGAAGAGAGGUGAGAGGGAGGGCUCCAAUCGAUCUGUACUUGGCAACCAGGCUGGCAUCUCACAUUUGGCAGGGCGGUAAUUAUCAGCAGACACAGAAAAGGGGAAAAAAUUACAUGGCGUCUCAAUCAAAGCCAUCUCCCACAAUGCAGACUCAACCAGCUGAUUGAAUUAUAUACUCCUGUAAGGAUACCCGUUUGCCAUUAUACUACCCGGAGUAAUGUCAUUCAGACAUUCAGCUGACAGACUUCAGCUGUAUGUUUGCAGUUUGGAGACCAGAGACCAAGGACAGUGUCCAACUGGCAUCCCUGUGGUAAGAAGCAAGCUUUCAGACAGAGGACUUGCAGAGUUAUGUUAUUAUGUUAUUAUAUUAUAAUGUUAUUAUAGGUAGGAAACCCCAUUUAGCAAAACUAGUCCAGACACAGCUGAAGUCUGGCAGCAGCCAAAGACGGCUAAAACUUGGGUCCAUCUGUGGAUGAAGAACGUUAUAACAUAAUGCACACACACCAGGAGGAUUGACUGAACUUUGGAAAUCCCUGUUCAAGAGAGAGAGAGAGCAGACAAAGGUGUAUAGUUAUAAAUACAUUUGUGGCUUCGCGCAUCUCAUUAUUCAUGUAGCAAGAUUUUUUUCAGCUUUGCUAUGUGACCUUGGUGUCUCUUUCUCUUACAGAUGUUUGAAGUUCA